AUGAACGGCUCCAGAGGCCAGUACCAAUCGCCCCCAGGCGGAAUGAGCAGGCAGCAGCAGCAGCAGCAGCCACAAACACCAGGCGGCGGCGGGGGCACGAUGUUCUACAACGUGGGUAUGCAGCUGUCUGGUGAGAUGGUAAACCAGCUGACGGUCGAGCACGCCAACGAGACCCACGGGCUGUACGAGCAGAUUGUUGCUCUCCGGACCGAGCUAUCCCGGACUAUGGAGCUGAUGCAGGGCUUUGUGAACAGGGAGAAGGCGCUCCACGAGAUGGUGGACCAGCUUCAGAGCGCUUUCGCAGGCGCAACUCAGGGCGUGAUGGACGCGCACGGCCAGUUCCACGCUAUGUCGAAGGAUGGCUCGAUGAAGCCGCCCGAUCCUGUCGCCGACGCCCAGGCGGAGCUGCAGAGGAUCAAGCAGAUCCUCUCGACGCCCGCGAUCCCGGCCCCGGAUGUGCCGCCACACUUGCAGCAGCUCGUCCGCUGA